ACGACUCACUUCCCGAACCAGAGGGACGAAGUCUAAACCCAACGCCGCAGUGUCUUUUCUCCGCCAUGGCUGCCGUUGUACUGCCUUCGCCCAUCCAAUCCCCCUCUAUUAACCUAAAAACCAAGAUUUCAGCUCUUCAGCCCACCAAAACAUUCGCAAUUCCUAAUUGCACAUCAUCCGUUGCUGGGCUUUGGUUGAAGAGGAGUUCUACUAUAGCGCCUUUGGCCUUUUCGCGAAAUUCUUCCGCGUUAGCAGUCGAGGAAUCCACAGACACAGCUAAGAGAGGAAGGAAUUCCAUCGUUGUUAUCGACAAUUAUGAUAGCUUCACUUACAACUUGUGCCAAUAUAUGGGAGAGUUGGGAUGCGAUUUUGAGGUUUAUAGGAAUGAUGAUCUCACGGUGGAUGAAUUGAAGAAGAAAAAUCCAAGGGGAAUUGUCAUAUCACCAGGCCCUGGAGCUCCCAAAGAUUCAGGAAUAUCAUUACAAACUGUUCUGGAAUUGGGACCUAUAAUUCCAUUAUUUGGUGUUUGCAUGGGGCUGCAGUGCAUAGGAGAGGCUUUUGGAGGAAAUGUAGUGCGUUCUCCCUAUGGGGUGAUGCAUGGGAAAAGUUCCCCUGUGUAUUACAAUGAGGGUGAAGAAGAUGGCUUGUUUACGGGGUUGCCAAAUUUCCCCAAAGAUGAACUUGAGAUAACAGCAUGGACAGAAGAUGGGCUGGUGAUGGCUGCUCGUCACAAAGUAUAUCGACAUCUUCUGGGGGUGCAAUUCCAUCCUGAAAGCAUCAUAACCAAGGAAGGGAAAACCAUAGUUCAGAAUUUCAUCAGAUUAGUUGAGAAGAAGGAAGCUGAAUCUCCGCAAUAGAAUACCGUGACAUGGUAGGUGCCAUUGCGGUCACACAGUCCAACAAAAUCUGAACUUCACACGUAUUACUGAACCGUAUUAUUUGUUACGGACUAUUAUUACUACUUAAUUGAUAAAUAUAAAAGUAAACUUGAUGCUACAUUUGAUUGAAUAGUUGAAAUGAAUGUCAUUUCAAUAUAUUGUAUUAUAUUAUACUUGUACGUGGGAUGAGCGUGAGGCUCCGAUUACACAAGUGUCUUGCUUGAUCAGGAUAUUGACAAGAAUAAACCUAGGAGUAACCA